ACCAAAGAAUUUCUGCUACAGCUGAUUCAGUCGCCAUCUUUGUCGCGAACAUAAACAACGCCAGUGAGUCGCGUUGGCACUCGGACGCACCGCUGUGAUCUGGACGGAAGCGAGCACCGUCCCCCCGCCGCAGCGCCGACCCGUUCAGCCGACGAUGACAGUUGAUUUGGUCACCUGAGCCACCGUGUCAGUCGGAGAUGGGGGUCCAGUGUGGAUUUCCUCAGCUGGAGGGAGCGGAGGUUUAAAGGGGGCGGGGAGGGCAGCAGAGGGGCCUUGCUGCUCGUCAGCCCUGAAGGAGAUGGACCAGGAGUACGAGAGGCGGCUGCUGAGGCAAAUCAACCACCAGAACCUGCCCACAGAGGCCCGCCUGUCAAAGUGUGUGAGCGCUACCUGCAGUCCUGUCAGUGUCAAGUCAGGGGACCGCUUCAUUCCCACCCGUGCCGGAAGCAACUGGAGCAUCAACUUCCACUAUGCCAACGAGAACUGCCGCUCCCCGAGCCAGAACCAUAAAGCAAAGGACGCCAGCUCAGAUUCAAGCAAAGAUGCUGUGGCGUACGCUGCCCUGUUACGGAAUGAGCUGCUGGGGGCCGGGAUAGAGACUGUGCCAGACCCCCACACAGACGACCGGCGGCAUGCAGUCCUCUCUCAAGACUCUCACAGCCUUUUUAGGUACACUGUCCACACGAAGAGAGUGCCUUUCGACAGCGACAGCGAAGUCUCGCCGUACUCCCUUUCUCCGCUUAGCAACAAGAGUCACAAGCUGCUCCGCUCCCCCCGUAAGCCAGCCCGGAAGAUCUCCAAGAUCCCCUUCAAAGUUCUGGACGCUCCGGAGCUGCAGGAUGACUUCUACCUCAACCUGGUAGACUGGUCAGCGGGCAACCUGCUCAGUGUCGGCCUGGGAGCCUGCGUCUACCUGUGGAGUGCCUGCACCAGCCAGGUGACGAGGUUAUGUGACCUGUCGGUGGACGGAGACUCCGUCACGUCGGUCUGUUGGAAUGAGAGGGGGAGCCUCGUUGCCGUCGGCACCCACAAGGGUUACGUUCAGAUCUGGGACGCGGCAGGAGGCAGGAAGCUGACCAGUCUGGAGGGUCACUCAGCACGUGUAGGUGCCCUGGCGUGGAAUGGAGAGCAGCUGUCGUCGGGGAGUCGGGACCGAGUGAUCCUCCAGCGGGACGUCAGAACCCCCCCCACUGCCGAGAGGAGGCUGCAAGGUCACAGACAAGAGGUGUGCGGUCUCAAAUGGUCUCCUGACCACCAGCACCUGGCGUCCGGAGGCAACGACAACAAGCUACUGGUGUGGAACAGCUCCAGCCUCCUCCCCGUGCAGCAGUACAGUGACCACCUGGCAGCGGUGAAGGCCAUCGCCUGGUCCCCCCACCAGCACGGGCUGCUGGCGUCGGGGGGCGGCACCGCCGACCGCUGCCUGCGCUUCUGGAACACGCUGACGGGUCAGGCGCUGCAGAGCACGGACACUGGCUCCCAGGUCUGCAACCUGGCGUGGUCCAAACACGCCAACGAGCUGGUGAGCACUCACGGCUACUCUCAGAACCAGAUCCUGGUGUGGAAGUAUCCGUCACUGACGCAGGUGGCCAAGUUGACCGGACACUCCUACAGAGUGCUGUAUCUGGCUGUGUCACCGGAUGGGGAGGCCAUCGUUACAGGAGCUGGGGACGAGACGCUACGUUUCUGGAACGUCUUCAGCAAGACGCGUUGCACCAAGGAAUCAAAGUCAGUGCUGAACCUCUUCACGAGAAUACGAUAGUGAACGGGCCGGGUCAGGACUGGUUCCGGGAGGAGCCUGCUGAGCUGUGGUGGAAAUGCACAGCCACCAGGGACGCUCGCAGACCAGACCCCUCUCAUCUCAGCACCUCUUUUCAGUGCACCAACCGCCACUACGACAGUCCACCGCUUCUCAAAUCCACGUUUUCUACAGAGGAGCCCAGCUUCCGACAACAACUGCCAUCCCUCACAGUGAUGUCACUGAUUUAAAAAAAACAAAACGAAGAGUCUGCCGUCAGGACACGUCGUCUGCUUACAAAAAGUCUUGUUUUUUUCUGUUGUGGAAGUGAUGAAAUUGUUUUAUUAUAUAUUAGCAGAAGUAUACAUGUACAAGAGUUCUAAGCUAUAUCAUGUAAUGACGUCGCAUUUUUAAAAGAGAGGAGGAGAAGAAGCCUGG